AUGCCUACGUUGGUGUUGCCGGCUCGUGAGCUCAAUGGCCUCUUCGCGUCGCUCGGCUGCAGCGAGUCCGCCGACUCGCGAGUCCCGGUGAGGCAGGGGCAACAGAAGUCGAUCAGCUCUACGAGCCGCUCGAGUCCGCAGCUCUCGAAGUCGGCCAGCUCGGUUGAUCCGACGCCAGAUGAGUUGCCAGCGCGGCUAGGCGACGUAUGUAGCCCCGACGGUGCUGGCUGUACAGUUGGACAGACGGGCCAGACAAACAAAGCGGAACGACCAAACAGCCUCCGAGGGUUGGUCUCGCUUGGCGAGAUUGGAUCGAGGUCGGCACAACGCUUGAGGGAGGAUUUGGCGCGGUGGCCGGACGGGGACGAAGAGAAAACGGUGAGCGAAGAAGAAAUUUAG